CGGUUUUUGCACAAGAGGUUUAAAACGAAUAUGUAGUAUAUGAAGUUUAGAAACGUGAUAAACCAUUACGUCGUCUGGUUUCGAGUAAUUUCAGCACUCCAAGGUUCCUUUCUUCAUCAUCUACUAAAACAGGCGACGCCAAUUUCCAACCUCAAAAAACCCAUUUUCUCCAACUCCAACCAUAUCCAUGGCGUCCUCCAAUACCAAUUUAUGGGUUAUGCUAGGUUUAGGAUUGGCAGGCACCAUUUUGCUUAUGACUAGAAAGCUCAAAAGAGCUAUUAUGCCCGACUUUGGAGCAUUUAUUCAAAAACUUGAGUUACUUCCUCCUCCACAACCUGCUCCUCCCAAAGCUCCUCAUCCUCUUACUGAUUUGACAUUCGCUGUUUCUGAUUUAUUUGACAUUGAAGGAUAUGUGACCGGGUUUGGCAAUCCGGACUGGGCAAAGACUCAUGAAGCCUCUUUGAGGACUGCUUCUGUGGUGUUAUCUCUGGUUGAUGGUGGUGCUAAAUGUAUUGGCAAAACCACAAUUGAUGAGAUGGCAUAUAGUGUCAGUGGAGAAAGUAAGCACUACGGUACACCAACGAAUCCUGGUGCACCAGAUAGAGUCCCUGCGGGAUCUUGUAGUGGAGCUGCUGUUUCUGUUGCUGCUAAACUUGUUGACUUCUCUUUAGGUAUUGAUACUGUAGGUGGUGUUCGAUUGCCAGCUGGGUUUUGUGGUGUUAUAGGAUUUAGGGCAUCUCAGGGGGCUAUUUCACAGUCAGGAAUUAUUCCAGUCUCAGCAAGUCUCGAUGCAAUAGGUUGCUUUGCCAGGGAUCCUAAUGUUCUUCGGCGUGUUGUUCAUGUCAUGAUGAAACUUCAAUUUGCUACGCAGCGGAGUCCUAAACAAAUAAUAAUUGCGGAUGACUGCUUUGAGCUACUCAAAAUUCAUGUUGAUCGGGUGAUUCACCCUGUUAUUAGAUCCACGGAGAAGCUAUUUGGAAGGCAAGCUUUAAAGCAUGAAAAUCUUGGAUCGUACUUGAGCUCAAAGGUCCCAAGUUUAAUGGACUUUUCCGCCUCAAAAAUAAAUGCUCAAGGGAAGACUUCUACAUUGACUCUGCUUGCUGAUGUGAUGCAGUCCCUUCUAAGGUAUGAAUUUAUGGAAAAUCAUGGAGAAUGGAUUAAUUCGGUGAAACCCGAUGUAGAUUCUGCUAUUGGAGCAUUAUCCCGUGAAGGCAAUGUGAUUCAUGAAAGUGAGAUUCAAAAGAUGAAUCAAAUUAGAACUGAAAUGCGACUUGCAUUAAAUUCACUUUUGAAGGAUGAUGGAGUGCUUGUUAUUCCUACAUUUCCUCACCCCCCUCCAAAAGUUGGUGGAAAAGAUAUGUCAUCAGAAACUUAUUUGAGCCCUUUGUUUAGUCUACUAUCGAUUGCUAGCCUAUCAGGAUGUUGUCAGGUUACAGUACCUCUCGGAUAUCAUAACAAAAGCCCUAUUUCAGUGUCAUUUAUUGCGAGGCAAGGAGGCGAUCGUUUUUUGCUUGACACAAUACAAACCAUGUAUUCAGUUCUUCAGGAGCAAGUAGAUACUUCUGAAUCAAAAUCUACUCCCAGCACAUAUAGUAUGGAACGGUCUGCAGAGGCUGCUAAAGAAAAGGGAAAUCUAGCAUUCAAAGAUAAGCAAUGGCAAAAAGCUAUUAAUCAUUAUACCGAAGCUAUUAAACUUUGUGGAAGUAAUGCGACAUACUACAGUAAUAGGGCUGCAGCUUAUCUAGAGCUUGCAAGCUUUCGUCAGGCAGUGGCAGAUUGUACCAGAGCUAUAAAUCUAGAUAAAAAGAAUGUGAAGGCAUAUUUACGUAGAGGGACAGCACAGGAAAUGCUUGGCUACUAUAAAGAGGCAACUGAAGAUUUUAGAUACGCUCUUGUUCUCGAACCUACUAACAAAAGAGCAGCUGCAUCUGUGGAGCGACUAAAGAAUUUAUUCCAGUAGGUUUGUUUGGAAGCAUCUUCAUCCGUUGAAGGAUCGUACAAUCAUUUCAAAUCUGUAUUUUGGUAAAUCUCCUGGUUUUCACGCCGUUAUUUUGAUGGAUUAUUGUCUCCGUAAUCGUGGCUCAGGUAACUUGGACAGUAUUUUGUCACAAGUAAUUUUGGCCCGAUAUGAGUAGUACAUAUGGCAUUUUUGUCGAACAAUUUAUUGUCAUCAUCUGUUUGCCAGCCUAGGUUAUUAUUUAGUGAGCAAUUUUGUAGUGGGGGGUUUUGUGAGUUUGCUCUUCGCUUGAAAUUAGGUUCCAAAAUAGUUAAUUAUAUUUUUUAUAUGCAAAAUAGUUGAUUAUGCUAACGUAUCUUGUUUCA